CGUAUGCAUGUGGGCAUCAUGAAUUUAGAAUAUAUGUGUAUUUAGAAAUAACAUUGUAAAUAUAUAAUUUGAAAUUGAAAAUAAUAACAAUUAUCGAGGUAAGUUUUAAGAGUAAUGAUUCGAGCAGUGAUCAUUGCAUUUGGCAUUGUGUAAGUACCAUAACUUACCUUAUUUGUUAGUAUGUCUUACCGAAAUAUCUUGAUUAUUUGCUGACAUCUUUUUGAAAAUAUGUUAUUGAAUUAUGUCUUUCCGAUAUCAAAAAACUAGAGGGUUGGUUAUAUGGAGAUCAGGUGGCCCGGUGGAGUUAUAAGGGGUAUAGCCUACAAGCUUCAAUGUGUUCAAUCGUAUUCUGGGCAGGAUCAGGCUGAUACAAGUGCUUCGGAUGUUAUAACUACUAACACAGAAAAUAUGGUAGUUAAGGACUCUGUUAGGACUGAGGAGUCCUUCAUGCCUUCUUCUUCGGAAUAUUUGAAGGAUCUAUCUAAAGAAAAGCUCAUGGAUUUGUGUGAACUCGAACAUUUGUUAGAUGAGCUAGGUCCACGAUAUAAAGAUUUCUCACGUCGAGAACCGUUGGCUGUUGAUGCGGACUUGCUUCCACAUGUUUUUCUUGGGUAUCAACCCCCAAUCACACGCCUUCCUUAUGGGGUAAGACAUUGUUUGAAGGAUCAUGAAAUGACUACUUUCCGUAGACUUGUGAGGUCAACGCCUCCACAUUUUGUCUUAGGAAUAAAUAGGGAAUGGCAAAGUUUGGCAUAGGCUAUUGUGAACUUAUGGGAAAGAACUGCAAUUACUAAGAUGGCCGUUAAACGUGAAGUAGAAAAUACACGCAAUGAAAGAAUGGCUGAAGAGCUUAAAGUGAGUGAUUACAAAUAUUGUUGCAUCUUGAAAUGUAAAUCUAAUUAUUUAACUGACAACUUAGUUUUCUGAUGCCUCCAGGCUACCAUCCUUGAUUACUUCUAUUAUAUCAAGCUAUUUGCAACUUGCCAUUUUUUGUUUUCCUUCGGAUGGUGCUUCAUUAGAUACUUGUUGCUUAUUGCACAUGCAUUUUGUACAUGUAGUGGCAGGGGGCAUUGCUUUCCAGAAACAAGGAAUUUAUUGUAUUUUACAGGGGAAAUGAUUUCUUGCCACCUAUUGUAAAAAAUCCAUUGAAAGAGAUACAAAAGUCAAGAAAUCUUCGGCAGGAGGAGGAAGAGGAAGCACGAGGGAGGGCCCUAGCCUUGGUUGGAUCUAAUGUAAAAGCUUUUACACUUCCUUUGGUUGCUGGCACUCUCACAGAAAUCACUGCUGCAACCUCUCGCUGGGGGCACCAACCAAGCCCCGAUAAAGUGGAGGAAAUGAGGAGAAAUUUAGCAUUGACUCAACAGGCUUUACUAGUCAAACAUCUUGAGAAGAAACUAGCUCAUGUAAGUUACAGAUGCAGUUAGUAAGAAGUGAUAACAAGAUUCUCAAACAUUUUAAAACUGUGACAUACUUUCUGAUUUAUGCCGUCUUUCUAACUUUGC